AUGUCGACCUCAGCAGAGCCCUCUAUUGACUUGGUGGCUGUUUUGGACCGGACCUCACGGCUCGGGUUGAUGCGAGGAAAUAGUUCCAACAGCAAAACAAGAUCUAGCAGUACCAAUCAAACGAAAAAACAUGAGGAUACUUUUGAAGAACCUGAAGAAGAAUUUUCAAUUCCAAAUGCCAACAAGAACAAAAUAUUGAAAAAAUAUUCAGCAGCAGGAAAGGUGCCGUCUGUGUUGGCCACACUGUCAUCACGACCGUCAUCAUCAUCUUCACAAGUCACUAGAAAUGAAUCCACAAAACUAGAUGCCAAAAUAUUGGAUUCAAUUUUUCAAUAUCAAGGAGAACGGGAUGCAUCAAGCAAUGGAAUCUAUCAUGGACAAGGCCAAUUAAUUUUGCCAAUGUGUUCAUCAACCAUUCUUCACAAUGGUAAAUCAUCAUCAGUAGCAUCAUCAAUCAAACUCAACAAUAGUCAAUUGUUCGGCCCCAAGCAAUCGUCUCAUCAAGACCUCAGUGCUAGUAUUGGUUGUCUUACAAGUGUCACAAAGAAACCUGAAAUGAACUCUCAUCAACAAAACACUCUCACUCAGCAUGAUCAUCAUUUAAUGGAUGAAAUGCCACUCAUUGAAGAAGAAUGUCAUAUUGCCAUUAAUUCUCCUCAAAAUUUCUAUUCCAAUACAAAUACAAUGAAUUAUGAAUUUACCUACGAAGGAAAGUUUGAAAAUGGUUUCAUGAACGACAAUGAAGGAAAAUUUGAGUUUAAAUAUGCCGAUAGAAAGGGACCUACCUAUGUUGGAAGUAUUGAGAAUAAUUGUUUCAAUGGUCCCUGUAAGAUUACGUGGGAUGAUGGUAGCAUCUAUGAAGGAGAAGUCAAGAAUGGUUUACGAGAUGGUUAUGGAACUUACACUUCGGGAGAUUUACUUUCAAAAUAUGAAGGUUAUUGGAAACAAGGUCAACGACAUGGAAAAGGAAUCAUGUACUAUUCUGCUGAUGAAAAAUACGAGGGUAAUUUCACACAUAACAAGCGCCAUGGCUAUGGAGUCAUGCAUUACAAGAGCGGAAACUAUUAUGAAGGUGAAUGGAAAGAAAACAAGAGAUGUGGAUAUGGAGUCAUGCAUUGGACUACUGAUCCAUUGGAAAUUUAUGAAGGUGAAUGGCUUAAUGAUUUACCACAAGGAAAUGGAAAGCACACUUAUUUACAAGCUUCUGGAAAGAAGUGUAAUUAUUACGAAGGAACGUUUAUUGAAGGUAAACGAGAGGGCCAAGGAACCUUUCACUACGCGGAUGGUUCUUCCUAUACUGGCGAGUGGUUCAAUAAUUUAAAACAUGGAGAAGGUGUAUUUUACUAUUUAAAUGGUUCCAUGCAAAAAGGAGUGUGGAAAGAAGACAAAUUGCAUGUCCCUCACUCUUCAGAGUCUUCAGUGAGCAGUAACAUUCAAGCAACGGUAGAUCGAGUGGUGCCAAAUCCCAACGCCACACAAAGUAGCUCUGGUGUUUUGACCACUCCUCUUAUUGAAUUGUACAUUAAUGAUUUAUUGUUGAAGGUGGACGGAUCAUUUGAUGAACUGAAUAAGAUUUAUUCACUUGUACAGAGAAACAUUAGAAAAUUCAAAAAGAUUUUUGCGCACUAUUGUAAAUAUGGUUUAGAUCCAUUGUGUGUCAAAAAGAACAUGCAAAUGACAAAAGAUAUCUCCAUUAAUCCACGAAUAAGCAUUCAGGGUAUUCUCAAUUUGAAUGACACAUCUGAGGAGAUGACAUCCAACGAAAUGAAAUUAUUUCUCUCAAGAGAUAAUCGAAUGACCAUGGUACAGUUCUGGAAAUUUGCACAAGAUUUUGGCAUUCUUUGUGAGAAUAUGAAUUGUGCUCAAAUUGAUCGAAUUUUCAUUUUUGUGACCACUCAAUCAAGUGCAGAGAGAAAUCUCAAACUUUCAAAGACUGAAAAUUCUAUUUUGCCAGACACUAAUUCGACCGUAGUAGAUUAUGCAGUGAAACCAACCGUGAGCAAGAAACAACCUUCAGUCCAAGCCACUCCUACCAUGAGAUUUAGAGAAUUUGUCGAAUCGACUAUAAGAAUUGGUGCCGAAUUGUAUCGAAACAUUCAAAACGGUACAAGUACUGUCUGUGAGAGAUUUAGAUACAUGCUAGAUGAAAAGAUUAAUUGCCAGACUUCGAUGGUACCAAGUGAACUAGCGUCAGCACGAUCGACAAGCAAUGAGAGUGUCACAUCCAAAGCAACUUCCCAAAUUCUGCCUAACUCUACGACGACCACUACUACUCCCAUGACUAGUACUCUUGUAAAUAAUGUAAAUUUGACGGCUUCCACAAAGACCACUAUUACCACUACAAGUUCUAGCACCGUGGUCGAUACGAAGAGUCUCCUUGUUCCCACCCAAAUGAUCAGCUCAGAAACCAUUCUCUCGAAUACUGUUCAAAAAGAAUUGGAAAAGUACAAGGACUCAUUGAAAGCAAUUUUCUCAUAUUAUGGAAGAUAUGAAGGCGGAGGUUAUGUCACAUAUGCAGAGGAAGAGGAAUGGCAUGGGACAACACCUAAAAAGAUUGAAACCAUGACAGUGAAACAAUUCCUAAGAAUGCUCAAAGAUUUACUUGUCAUGGACCCUAAAUUAUUGAGCAUGCAUGACGUGAUUAAAUGUUUCGAAGAUAUGUAUCCAGACAUUGUGACUUUGGAACCUCAUGAAUCUCUUGAAGAUUUGAGGAAACGACGAAUAGACGCCAUCAUUACCAGAGAGAUGAUUAUCGAGGAUUACAUGGAAGCUCUACGAAAGUGUCUCACCAAACGUCUACUCACCAAGCUCAAUCAAGGUGAAAUGGAAGAAGAAAUAUUUACAAAGGAAGCAUGUCUCAUUCUAGGUUCAAUGACCAAGCGUUUCGAACGAAAGCCAUAA